AUGGAGAGCUUACCACAACGGACUUUAAAUUUAUCCCAUUUGCAUUUGGAGCAUGUUAAGUACAGCGUAUUUAAAUACUUGUCAUCUUUGGAAGUAUUGGAUUUGAGUUACAAUAAAUUCAAUCAUUUGUACUCCCCAACAAUGGAAUAUUUACCGAAAUUGAAACAAAUUUGGUUAGCUGGAGAUCGGCUUAAAUAUAGAAAUAAAUACCUGAGGAUAUCCAUAUUGGACGAUUUACUUACCAAUCGCUAUUACACAAAACUUUUGGAUAUUCAUUUGGACUACAAUCGGAUUAGUUCAAUAAGCAUAUUAGARGGAUCACAUUGGUUGACACGUUGCAGAGUUAUGAGUUUUAAAGGAAACAAUUUGACUAAAGUACCAACAUAUGCAUUAGAUAAUGCAUUUCAGAGAAAUCGUAACAUCGUUCAACUUUAUUUAGGUGCUAAUCCUUGGCGUUGCAAUUGUUUGUUUGCUCCGGCUUUCCAGGAUUUUUUGAUUAAAUAUAAAUCACUGAUUAUGGACUUAUCAGAUAUCAAAUGUUCAUACCAGCAAAAUGAUGAAUAUUACAUGACUCCUGUAAGUGCUGUUUGGAAAAUGAUGUAA